CGCAGAGCCCGGCUCCCCUCGGCGGCGGCGGGCGGAAGGCCGAGGGCGGCGGAGCCAUGCCCGGCCCGGCGGCGCCGGGGUCCGGCCCCGACCCCGAGGAGAGCUACGACUUCCUCUUCAAGCUGGUGCUCAUCGGGGACGCCAGCGUGGGCAAGACCUGCCUCGUACAGCGCUUCAAAACAGGGGCCUUCGCGGAGCGCCAGGGCAGCACCAUCGGCGUGGACUUCACCAUGAAGAGCCUGGAGAUCCAGGGCAAGCGGGUGAAGUUGCAGAUCUGGGACACAGCUGGCCAGGAGAGAUUCCGAACGAUCACACAGAGUUAUUACCGCAGCGCCAACGGAGCAAUCCUAGCCUAUGAUAUCAGCAAGAGAGGCUCCUUCCUGUCCAUUCCUCGCUGGAUCGAGGAUGUGAGAAAGUAUGCUGGUUCCAACAUUGUGCAGUUACUGAUUGGAAACAAGUCUGACCUAAGUGACCUUCGAGAGGUUCAGCUGGAAGAAGCUCAGAGUCUGGCUGAACACUAUGAUAAUAUCAUCUGUGCCAUAGAGACCUCUGCAAAAGACUCCAGCAACGUGGAGGAGGCUUUUGUGAAGAUGGCUACAGAGCUCAUGAUGAGGCAUGGAGGCCCAAUGUUCAGUGAGAAGAAUACUGACAGCAUCAAGCUUGACAGCAAAGACGUUGUAGAAGGCUGGGGGUGUGGUUGCUGAUAUGAGCUAGGUGAAAUCCCUGACUUUACUGGAAUUUAGAUGGUGCUUUACCCUAAUGCUGAGUAGCACAGUAGCCAUAUUCUCCUCCUCCUGUGAAACCAGCCAUUUUGUAGAAGUUAGUUAGACACAAUCCUGGUUGCUUUGGUGUCUUUUUUUUUUUUUUCUUUUUUUAAUAAGGGGACUUCUGAGAGGUAGUCCUGAAAGUUAGGCCCUCUGUGAAAAAAUAAUCAGCAUUUUUCCCUGCCAUUUCCUUUUCUGUAACCAGCAUGCCAGGAACGACAUGGGAAAAGAAACUUUGAACUGGUGAUGCAGGGUAGGAGGCAGAUGGCUGGAAAAGACUGCCUCACAUCCAAAGUACUGAAGCACUUAGCAUGGAAUUGUUGGCAAAGGUUACUUCUAGAAUAGGCACGCUUGACAGCGUCUCUUCAAAUCCUCAGUGCUCCACCAGUGACCAGAAAGCCUAGAAGUGACAAGGAAUGUCUUUGAUAAAGGUAUUUCAAUUUCCAAAAUACCCAUAAUACAGGACCAAAUAGCAGUCAUCUGUCCAAGGGCAUGUGGAUUGCUAGCUAGUAAUGGAACAGGCCCAGGAAGGGCAGCCUUCUCUCAGGUUGGUUUUUUUUUUCAUUUUCUUAAGUUAUCAUUUUAACAGAUAGCAAAAUCACCCUGAGCAAUAUCACGCUGAUAUCUGACUUGCUGUCAGGCAGGGUUGGACCAGUUCAGUCAUUUUAAAUAUAGUCUUGAGAAGAGGGAAAAUGUAUUGCAUUUGUUACUGUUUGCAGUGAUAACACCCUUUUACUAGUGAGUGUCAUGGAUUUUUUGCCCUCAGGUCUAUUAAUUUCAUUUGAAACUCAAGACCUGCACCACUGGAAAAACCUUGAACUGAGUGGUAGCCAUCCCUUGCCAUGUGCCUCACGGUCAUAUACAGGGUUAAUUCUGGUCAUACAUUUGACAUAAUGUUACCAGAGUGUUUAUUGUUUAAGUGGUGUAAGUAGGAUUCGGUUGAUUUUUAACCAUCUUUUUUAAAUCUAAUCUGGGCAUGUAAUUAGAAAGAAGACUUCCACAUCAGCUCAGAACUGCAUGCAUUGCAGCUUUUUGGUUUUAAGAGUCUAGCAUCUUCAUGAGGGAUUGCCUCCCCCCUUUGUAUUCCUCUGCUUCUCUCUCCCUGUCACUAAUUGCUGUUUAUUUCUUAAAAACAAUUAGCAGGGAAAAUCUUUUACUGUUGCUCAAAACUCACAUUAUGAAGUAAAAUAGAUUUCAUAAUCACAUAGUUGUCUUUCAGAUUCAGCUCUGUACUGCACGUUGUAGAUACAGUUGAAAUGCUGAUGGCAGCAGUCCUCCCUGGAUUUACAUGUGAAGCACCUCACAAACUCAGAUUAGAAAAAGGAGCAGAAGCAGGCUUAUCUUCAGAUCUGCACUUAAAGCAAAGGUGUUCAGAAGUGGCAAAUGAUUUUUCCAAUCUAGAUAAUUUAAAGUAGCUCGUUUACAGAAAGCACCCACAUGAAGUGAAGUCACUUUGUUCCUUUUGAAAAUCUUGGAUCUUGACCAGGUGGAUUGGUUUGCUACCAAGGCUACACCUGUUUUCAGCCAUUCAGCAUAUCAGGUAUCAUGAAAGUCUAGAAGACUGAAGAAAGGGCUAUUAGAUCCUAAUUUCAGUGCUAUUCAUUUUCAUACAGAAAAUAUUAAAUCAUUCCUUGGUCUUUCUGUUUGUGGGUUUUUGUUGCGUUUUUUUGUUGUUGUUGUUGUUUGUUUGUUGAAGUAUGAGGUAGGAUUAUUGAAGAAUUGCUUGGCUUUGUAUCCUGUUUGCUUCUAACCUAAGGGCCUAGAUUUCAAAUUUUACAGUUGUAAGACUGAAAGGGCUUUACCUUUUUCAAUUAGCAUUGUUUUCACAACUGUUUUAUAUGGAAGGGCAGAUUAAGCCACAGUAUUCAGUAGCAUUUAGAGGACAUACCCAGUAGCACUGCAGGACAUAUUCAGCUCUCCUACAUCCAAAGAUAGCAGGCAGUGAAUUCCCAGUGGUAGCUAAAAACCAAAAAUUAGAAUCGUCCAAACUUUGCCUGGAAAUCAUGCAUUCUGCUCCCAGGAAAAUCUAUGAAGACAGUCCAAGCUAAAAUUCAGUCCUGAUUGCUGUUUUUCCUCCUAGUUAGAUGGUCCUUAAGCUACAGAAUACUGGCAAGCAUUGGACUUGUCAUGACUUCUCAUAGUUUACAUCUGUAGGUUACAGUCCUGCAGGUCUGCAUGCAUGCACAUGGACACUCAGAUAAGCUCAGCCUCCAGUAUCUGCAGGAUUAGUGCCAAAUUAUUUAAUCCAUGCAGAUAAAAUUUCAUGUGCAUUUAAGGACAGUAUUGCUACUACUCAAAAUCAGUAGUUUAUACAGCAAAUCAACUUAAAACUGCAUCAAGACACAAAAGUAACAUAGAUCUUCCAGUGCAGUCAGUGAUUUUUUUUUUAAAUUAUUGUUAUUAUUUUAUUUUUUUUACAGUAAAUGGAGAAAUCCAUUUCCUUAGUUUCAAGUCCCGUCUAUUAAUGAGUAGCCACAGACCAAGGAGCUGACCUUUCCUUAGUAUUAGCUCCCAUUUCUCUCUUACUCUACAGUUGAAGGUUGUGACUCUGCCUGCAGGCUGGGUUUGUCUCAGUCAGAAAACAGGAGAUUUGUCAGUGAUUUGUUCACUGCAUUUUGCAGUGAUGACCCUCACUGCUUCAGUGGUUUGUUUUUUGUAAAAAGACAGGGACUGUGGCUUCAGGUAAGCUUUGUCCUCUAACUCUAAAGGCUACCUGGAUGAAGAGAGCGAGUAGCAAUAAAUCUGAGAUUUACAGGUAAAAAAAAUGGUUUCAGCUCUCAGGUUACAAAUGUGCUGAUGUACAUCAAGUGAAUAAUUCAGCAGCACAUGAUUACAGUUCACAGCGUAAACUUUUGCCAAGAGACCUGUUUACUGGCAGCUGAUCAUUAACAAGACUAUGGUGCACUAACUGCCUUUAAGCAGAUCUCCUUGGCUGACCAGGUAUUUAUCAUUUGGUUUUGGCAGUGCCCAAAGUGUGCAAAAUAUUACAUAAACACAGAAGGGAACAUUGAUCCCUGCCCUAUAACAAUUAAGAAUGGAAUGCAGAGGCAAAUACUGAACUGAAAUCAUCAGCAGAACGUGGUGCCCAGGAGCGUGGGCAGUGUUAUUCUCUGUACUGAUUUUUGAUUUAAGCUAAUUUUACCUCUGGUUAGCCAUCCAGUCCAUCAUAAGGGAUGGGAUUUUAUAAUUACGUAACCAUUGUAUCAAAUAGAUGUAAAUCUAGAAACAUGCUAAUAUUCGUUUUGCAAAACAAAUUAUAUAUAUAUACAUA